AUGGCGCGGCUGAGCGCGCUCCUCUGCUGCCUGCUGGUCAGUUGGCGCGGCCGCCCCGGCCUCGGGCUGCCCCUGGCGCCCGCGAGCUUCCAGCCUCCGGCUCCGGCGCUGGGACAGUUUUGGCACGUGACUGACUUACAUUUAGAUCCUACUUACCACCUCACAGAUGACCACAAAAAAGUGUGUGCUUCUUCCAAAGGAGAAAAAGCCUCUGAUCCUGGCCCUUUUGGAGAUGUUCUCUGUGAUUCUCCAUAUCAACUUAUUUUGUCAGCAUUUGAUUUUAUUAAAAAUUCAGGACAAGACGCAUCUUUUAUGAUAUGGACAGGGGAUAGCCCACCUCAUGUUCCAGUGUACGAACUCUCCACAGACACAGUAAUAAAUGUGAUUGCUAAUAUGACAAUCACUGUCCAAAGUCUCUUUCCAAAGCUCCAGGUUUUCCCUGCACUGGGUAAUCAUGACUACUGGCCACAGGAUCAACUGCCUGCAGCCAGCAGCAAAGUAUAUGAUGCAGUAGCAAACCUCUGGAAACCAUGGCUGGAUGAAGAAGCUGUUGCUACUUUAAGGAAAGGUGGCUUUUAUUCACAGAAAGUGAAUCCUAAUCUGAACCUUAGGAUCAUCAGUCUAAACACAAACUUGUACUACGGCCCAAAUAUCGUGACCCUGAAUAAGACUGAUCCAGCAAAUCAGUUUGAAUGGCUAGAAAAUACAUUGAACAUCUCCCAGCAAAAUAAGGAGAAGGUGUACAUCAUAGCACAUGUGCCUGUAGGGUACCUGCCCUUUACAAGGGACACCACAGCAAUGAGAGAAUAUUAUAAUGAGAAAUUGAUAGAUAUUUUCAGAAAAUACAGUGAUGUCAUUGAAGGACAAUUUUAUGGACAUACUCACAGAGAUAGCAUUAUGGUUCUUUCAGAUAAAAAAGGCAGUCCAGUAAGUUCUUUGUUUGUGGCUCCUGCUGUGACUCCAGUGAAGAGUGUUUUACAAAAAGAGACUAACAACCCUGGUGUCAGACUAUUUCAGUAUAAUCCUCGUGAUUAUAAAUUAUUGGAUAUAUUGCAGUAUUAUUUGAACCUAACAGAUGCUAACCUAAAGGGAAAUGCCAACUGGAAGCUGGAAUAUAUCCUGACCCAGAGCUAUGACAUUAAAGAUUUGCAGCCAAAAAAUGUGUAUGGAUUAGUUAAACAAUUUGCAGCCUUAGACAGUAAGCAGUUUAUAAAGUAUUAUAAUUACUACUUGGUGAGUUAUAAUAGCACUAUAAUUUGCGAUGAGAUAUGUAAAGCCAAUCAAAUUUGUGCAAUUAUGAAUCUUGAUCAUAUUUCUUAUGUAGAUUGCCUCAAAGAAUAUAUAAAGCAUAAUCCAUAAUGUUUCACAGUUUGUGUAUAAAAAAUAUAGCAUUGCUUUUCUCUGUUUCUGAGAUCAGUUUGUGGGAACUGUUAUUUAAAUCCUUGUGAAUUACUGAGUGGGUAGGCAGAAUUCUUUCUCUUUUCUUUUUUAUGAUGCCCAUAUAUUGAUAUUUUUAGCAUUCUAAAUUUUUAUUAUGUUGAAUAUGUUUAAAUCACCCAUUACUAAAGGAAUGUUUGGAUGUAAAUAUCCUGUCUUCCAAUUUAUAUAAUUAUAUCUAAUUUAUACUCUUGUUGAAAUUGUCACUUAUACAAUAAAGCAAAUGACUUCUUCCUAACUAUGAUGAAUUAUUCUUAACAGGAUAAGUUUCUCUCUUUUAAUUCUCUCAUGUUAAAAGAUCACGUGAGCUGAAUUCUGAAGUAGUUAAAUGUCACUUGUUAACUAAAGUUAGCAUUGUUUGCAUGUACUCUCUACUCCUGGGAGGAUACCAGGUAUCUUUAGGACCCUGUUUGAGUCUAUAAAGCUUCAUGGGGCACGUAUUUUCAGUCUUCACUCUGGGAGUGAAGUGGAGUUGUUUUUAGUACAGUUAACUUUUAAGGAAUAGAAUUUCACAGGUUGUACUUAUUGUAAUUGUGCUCCUAGCACAAGACCUAGGUCCUAGUGUAGCGUCUAACAGUAAAUAACCGUUGAAGUGAAUUGUAAGGUAUGUUUUGCAAAGAAAUACGCUAGGACUGCUGUCACAGUAUUUUCUUUGUCACCAUAUCUCAAGAGAAGAUGAAAAUGAGUUUUUAAUUUAUGGCAUUUUUUUUAAAGCCUCCCCUGUGGCUACUUGCUUACCUCAAGCUUUUGUUUCUAGACUAUGUGGGAUAUUAUGAGUAGAAAAGAUGAGGAUGAUGAUGAAAGAUUUAGGGGAAGAAAAUUUGUAUGCCCAAAACUUUAACUUGCUGGAAAAGACAUACAAUCAGCAACCUUAGUCAACCAACCAGGAGAGUAGGACUCAUCACCCUUGCAACUGGUUUGACUUCACAUAAAAGAUGACUAGUAGAUGUUAGAUUUCAUCAUGAUGAAACCCAGUUCUCAUUUCCAGAAGGCUGAGAAAAAGAGUGUUACUAUUGUAAGAAAUUAUCAGUAUUCCUUAAGUAAACUUUUUUUAUUUUUUAGGUUUAAAUGUAAAUUAAUAUUUUUAGAAAUAAGAAUGCUGAAACAAAGCAAAAAUUCAUUAUCAUGAAAAUUAACAUCCUAUAGAAAUUAUCCUGCCUGUAGUUAUGUUCCAAGUUGGAAUUAUCAGGUCACUACAUUGGAUAUUUAUAUAUACUUAUGGAUAGAAAUCAUAAGAAAAUAGGCUUGUACCACAUAAAAUAAUUUUUAAUGUGAAAAUCAAAGAUUUCAUGAGCUGACUCAGUGAGUCCUAGUAUUGGAAAUGAACAUGCUUGGGCUUGUAGAGUUAUCGUGGAGAAAAUCCCUAUGUCUGUUGGGAAUUUGGGGCAGAGAUGAUUUAGGGUACUUCCCAUAUAAUUCUGACGUUUAAAAUUGUAAUGUUAUCUUCUUGUAUUCAGUUUGCUUUCACCUUCAAAUAGUAAUAUAUGAGCUUUAAUUUCAGAUGACAUUAGAAGUUAUCAAUAGUUAAAUGAAUUUUUC